AGUUGUCCAUUACUGCCAUCGAGCUUCAAGACUCUCUGCCAGCCAGAGCAGGUUGGACCCUUUUACUUAAAGACGGUAUGGAAUAUGUAAUCAUGAAUAUGAGACUCUCAGCCUAGUGCAGCCGCGAGCUAGUAGGGGGAGGGCGAGGCCGGUGCCGCAUAUCCAUCCGCUGCCUUGAUGGGCCGUUGACAAGGCGCCAAUAGUCGAUGCUUAUGUUCUUCUUUCUUGGAUAGGCAUCUGUGCGAUAUCUCUUGGGAUCGCUCGCAUGAUUUUUUGUCAGCCCACGAGCUAAUUGCGCAUAUAUAACUAGUGCGACAACUCCACCGGGCUCGCCAAGUUGGUGCUUGAGUCAGAUACUCACACGUCCUUCGUGCCGUCCCGUCAACAUUAGACACAGGGGACGGCCCAACAUGCCGGCCAAGGUACUAAACACAGAGUUUGGGCAUUCUGCCCCGCCAGAGGGUCCUCACACCAUCACCACCCACAUCCAGGGAUGGGAUAACAUCAUGCGUCUCCGAGAAGGAGACAAGGCGGUUCUGGCAAGGGUUACAUCUAUAUACCCUAGAUUCGCACCCUGGAACAAAGCCAGGGAGCUCCCCAUGAAAAUCCGUGAGAAGCUCGCCCUCCCACCAACCCACAGCGCCCUGGCCUUUGUCAACCCCGACAUCUUCGCCACGGCCCGUUUGCACGCUUUCUCGCCCCACCGCGGGGAGAAGAAGCUCUCAGCCGGGGACCUGGGCUUCAGAGUCGUCGACAUCCACGGCGUCCGCCUCUACGUCGUCACGUUCCCGCUGGACAAGUACGCCGGCAUCAUCGGCGUGUGGAAGGACCCCGGCACGGGCGUCAGCACCCGGCUUGCCGAGUACCUGCUCCCGCACGUCGACACCCUCGAGGAGGUGCCGUUCGACGGAUCUGCAGGCGGGGAAGAGGUGCCGCUGCCGCCGCCGCCGCCGCCGACGUGGCUGCCCGAGUGCGAGGCGCAUGGGAAGCUGAGGGAGAGGAUCGCGGGCCUGCUUCACCGCGCGGCGCUGCAGCCCGAGGCGGUCAAGGUCCAGCCGGACGACGUCUACCUGUACCCGAGCGGCAUGGCGUCCAUCUACAGGGCGUGCGACAUGAUAGGACGGUGGAGAAGAGGGCCUAUUGUCGCGCUGGGCUCGAUUUUCCACUCUACAUGGCACCUGUUCAACGACUCUGUGGACGGGUUCAGGCACUUUGGGGCCUGCGAUGCAUCCGGGAACGCGCUUGAGGAGCUGGAAGUGUAUCUGCGGGAUGAGGCCAAGGAGGGGCGCAAGACCACCUUCGUGUUCCUCGAGUUUCCGAGCAACCCCAUCCUCGUCAGUGCGGAUCUGAAGAGACUACGACAACUGGCGGAUACCUACGACUUCCUCCUGGUAGUCGACGACACGGUGGGCAGCUUCUGCAACAUCGACGUCCUCCCCGUAGCCGACAUAGUCAUGACAUCCACCACCAAGAGCUUCAGCGGCUACGCCGACGUCAUGGGCGGCAGCCUAGUCCUCAACCCGGUCUCGCCGCACUACGCGCCGAUCAAGGCCAUCUUCGGCACGCACUUCCGCAACGAGUACUUCGCCGGCGACGCGGAGAAGCUGCUCUCCAACAGCGCCGACUUCCUCGCCCGCAGCGCGAUCCUCAACCGCAACGCGCGGACCCUCGCCGACUUCUUUCACGCCCGCUCGGGCGCGGCGGACCCGUCAUCGGCGAUCACGCGGGUCCUGUACCCGACGCUGUCGGACACCCUCGCCAACUACGAGGCCGCCAUGAGGCGGCCGACGCCCGAGUUCCCGGCCCCGGGCCACGGCUGCCUGCUCUCGGUCGAGUUCGAGACCAAGGACUGCGCGAGGGCCUUCUUCGACGGCCUCGCCGUGCACCACGGCCCGCACCUCGGGGCGCACGUCACGCUCGCGGUGCCAUUUAACGAGAUGCUGUGGGGGCGCGACCCCGAGGGCGCUGCGUACCACGCCGCGUACGGCGUGCGCGCGGAGCAGGUCCGGAUCAGCGUCGGGCUCGAGAGCGAGGAGGAGCUGCUGGGCGUGGUUGAGGAGGCGCUGGAGAGGGUCCGGGAGCUCAAGGCUGCGGAGGGUGAUGGGGAUGGGAGUUGAUGGGGGUUGUUAGUGAGCAUUUUAGGCCCCUGGCUAGAUACUAGGCUGUGCCCGGAAUAUGUCCCGGAUGCAAUAUGUUGAUCGGAGAUUUCUACAUUCGUGCAGUUAAUCAGCGAUUUACUAAAACACUCCAGCUGUGUGUAAUUUUGAACGUUUCACGCUCAUUAGUACCUAGGUUACCUAUCUGCCGUCUGUGAUGAAGU